CAGCAGUGGAUAGCAGACGGUGAAGUCUUGCUGGUCCAGUUAGCUACGAGCUGUCGUGUUACGGGGAGUGAAGUGAUAUCUUGUGGCGGUCCCGGCAACAGAACACUCAGCCUCGGAUUACAGUGUGUGAUGUUGUGACGUCUUGUUGUGUAUUGUGUUGUGUUGUGUUUGGGAACAAGAUCCCAGUACAGCGGAUCCCAUGCCGAAAUGGCACUGGCAAGGUUGCCGGUGGUGAGCGAGUGCUCGCAGCAGCAGACGCCGCGGGCCACCUCGAACACCAGCAGCAGUAGCAGCAGUGGGGCGGCCUCAGCGGCUAGCUCGGGCAGCGCAGCUGGCAUGGCCGUGUCCCGUGUGCCCUCGCCCCCUCCACCCGAGGUCAAUACGCCCGUCGCAGAGAACUGGUGCUACACUCAGGUUAAAGUGGUAAAGUUCAGCUAUAUGUGGACCAUCAACAACUUCAGCUUCUGUCGUGAAGAAAUGGGUGAAGUUCUCAAGUCAUCCACAUUCUCUGCUGGGGCCAAUGAUAAGCUCAAAUGGUGUUUGCGGGUGAAUCCAAAGGGUCUGGAUGAAGAAAGCAAAGACUACCUCUUGUACCUGCUUCUAGUCUCAUGUAACAAGUCAGAAGUCAGAGCCAAGUUCAAAUUUUCAAUACUUAAUGCCAAAAGAGAAGAAACCAAAGCUAUGGAGAGCCAGCGUGCAUACCGAUUCGUGCAAGGCAAAGACUGGGGCUUCAAGAAAUUCAUUCGAAGAGACUUCCUGUUGGAUGAAGCGAACGGUCUGUUGCCCGAUGACAAGCUCACAAUAUUUUGCAAGGUGAGCGUAGUAGCGGAUAGUGUAAACAUCUCGGGACAGUCAAAUGCGAUACAGUUCAAAGUGCCGGAGUGCCGUCUCUCAGACGACCUCGGCUUGCUGUUUGAAAACCAGAAGUUCAGCGAUGUGACCUUGUCAGUAAGUGGACGGGAAUUCCAGGCCCAUAAAGCGAUAUUAGCAGCUCGGAGUCCUGUGUUUGCAGCCAUGUUCGAACAUGAGAUGGAAGAAAGGAAACAUAACCGGGUUGAGAUAACAGAUAUAGAUCAUGAGGUUCUGCGUGAAAUGUUGCGCUUCAUAUACACAGGCAAAGCAACCAACCUUGAGAAGAUGGCUGAUGAUUUGCUCGCUGCUGCCGACAAGUAUGCACUAGAGAGGUUAAAAGUCAUGUGCGAAGAAGCACUGUGCACAAACCUGUCGAUAGAGAAUGCAGCCGACAUCUUGAUUUUGGCAGACUUGCACAGUGCAGACCAGCUCAAGGCACAGUCCAUCGACUUCAUUAACACGCAUGCAACAGAUGUGAUGGAGACUGCAGGCUGGAAAUCAAUGAUUCAGUCGCACCCCCACCUUAUAGCAGAGGCGUUCAGAGCGCUGGCCACGCAGCAGAUUCCCCCCAUUGGCCCGCCUCGGAAACGUGUCAAACAGAGCUGAAAGCAGCCAUCGCCUCCCCCAUCGGUCGUCACCACGUCGUGAUUCGUGAGGCUAGGAUUUAGAUAUAGGUGUUGUAUAGUAGGCUCGGCAUAAACUGAAUUUGUCGACAGCUGCUCUGUGGUGAAGUAAACGGAACUAUCAGACUGGUGUUGUGCUAUUUAACGUACAAUGCAAACAUUUUUUAUGUGGCUUUGUUUAGCUGCAGUGGCAGUCGGUAGACAGUGUUCAUGCCAUCGCCCUGCCGUCGUGUGUCAUUUAUAAUCAUUAUUAUUAUAAUAAAUUGUGUGUUCAAUCAUCAAUCUUACAUCGCAGAUCUCUUAGUGGCGAGAGAGGAGAAGUUGUGCUUUAGGUGUUCUCUGCUGAUCCAAAUAAUUGCAUUCUGUUCAUAAUGUGCCAGUUUUUCUGUUGUUAGGAGCUGCGUUUGAUAGUAGUUUAAGUUGUGAUAUCUUCAACAUAAAUUUGAGUUAAAAUUAAUAUUUUUGUUCUUGGGAAAGCUGAUUACAAUAUGAAUGAUGUUGAAGGAUCUCUUUUUAAGUUCAAAUGUCAUUUUUUGUCACUUUCUCUCUUCCUUGUUCAUUACGGAAACUUUAAUUUUGAAAGUUUGUAUUUAUUUAGCAGGAUACUGGCACUUCUUGAGUUUUGUUCAGUAUUUGGUUAGCUAUGUUCAUGGUGGGUAACAUGGAUCACUGCUGUCCCACUCUUAAUAAGAUGGUACAUGACCUUACAGAUUAAUAGGACCAGAUUUCAGUGUAUGAAAGUAACAGGAUUGGUUUUAUGUAUAUCAUGAUAGAAUACAAUGAAUUAAUCUGUAAGGUGAUGGAUCUCAUUACUAUGAUGUACCCAUAAUCACGGUCUCCUUAUGUUGUAAGUUUUUCCUCUCCCUCCUAGCGAUUGCAGCUCUUUGUGAGGGCAAUUUAUAGUAAGCUGAAAAUGUCAGAUAUUUCUAGAUAAAACUGUAACAUUUGGAUGAUACAUGGUAGAUAUAUUUUGGCACCAGACUCUAAUAUACCCACAAAAUCUAGAAUUCUGAUGUUAUAAAAGGUUCUGUAAUUUUCUGAUUACAGCUGUAUUGCAAGAAAUAAUGUUCUCUAUGUGGUGAUGCAAGGAGUAGAUUCACUUAUAAAGAAACAGUAAACAUUGUUAUAUGCAAGAAAAUACACUAAAGUAUGUUAAAGUGUUUCCAAAAUGCAGAUCAUUGGCUCUAAAGUAGCUGUUUCUACGUUGUGCUCAGGAUUACAGCUGGUAAGGGUAUUGUUCCCAAGGAUUUAUUUCAGUCAUGGUGUAAAGGCUAUUAUUUCAUAUUUUAAUUCUCCCACCAUGCUCUUUAAAAGUGAAAUUGCCUUAGACAACAUUAUUUUUCUUACAUAUUCUAAUCAUGUUUCUGGAAGCAUGGUUUCAUAGUCACAGAUAUCAACUUUCCCAUCCUAUCUGGACAUUUCAGUUGUUUAUCAGAGAUCCUUUACAGUCAAAACAGCCCCUUUUCUAAAAUCUUGUUAAUACUGGUCUUCUGUGAUGUGAAAUGCUGUAGUUUCAUUGAGCUACCUCUAUCUCCUUCCCUGAAUGUGGGUGUAGCAGACCGAACUACAUAGCAUCACAUCAUGGAUCAUAAUACUACCACAAGGACCUCAAAUCUCAAAAUCUUUUUGAAGUAUCUUUUAAAGGGAUUACUUGUUCCGUUGCAUAUGAAAAUUGUAAUAAAAGAGACAUAGUUAUUUUGGACCCUAUAUUUGACAUGUUCAGAAUAGAAACCAUGUGGAAGGAACCAUCAAAAUGGAGGAAAGUACUGAGGUUUGUGCUAAAGUUAUUUUGCUGUAAUUUCUGUUGAUAUUAAUCAAAAGAGGUUUUGUCCAAAAGAGACUUAUAUAUUGCCCUACAGUAUUUUAUGACAUGCACACACCUUAAAUAUACAAUAACAUUCCAUUUCCUUGAAAGAUUUAAAAUUGACAGACAUGAAAAUGACUGAAUCUUGCUUACAUUACAGGUUAAUGUGUAAGCUUAUAAGGUUCAGGUAAAACCAAGGAGACUAGAAUUGUGGAGUCAUAUUGUGUGACCAUGUAGUGCCCACUUUUGUCUUUUUCUGUUGUGAAUGUUGAAGCUCUGGUUUACUGGAGCAGUGAGAACGUGACAUACUAUUAUCAUUUAGUUCGUAUUUGGAAUUGAAACUGUGUUGAUUUGUAUAAUUUAUUAUUGUGUUCAUUGUUUGAGAAUUGAGUCAUUCAGGAUGCACA